AUGGAAAAACGUGACCUAUCUUCGCUGCUAUUGGCCUCACGAGAUGUUGUAAAUGUGCCCGUUCUGGACGAAACAUCCUUUCACUUGGGACACUACUGCGAUGGAAGUUUGCUGAAAUUUCACGGCGUAGUACGCGACGUGCAAGAUCCAGAAUUGGUGCAUCUUGGUGACGAUAUAUCUCUUCUUGAAAACCAGGCGGCAUUGGUGGAGCGACUGCCUCUUGUCGUCACUGUAUUCCCUCAUAUCAGUGACUGGGCUAAACGUACCUAUCGUGCAAAAGCAAUUGGCGAUCAGAAUGAUGGUCAUUGCAGUGAGAGUGAUGGUUGUUGCAGUGGGAGUGAUGGUCCUGCAACUAACAAAGGCACAAAGCGCUCCAAUACUGCCGUGGACAAAGAGAUGGAUGAGUUAUCUCAACAGGACCAGGAAGAAGCUCAUGUGAAAAAGUCUAAGCCUGUGGCGAUGCAGAAACAACAAGAUUGUCGACUAGUACCUCAGGCUGUCAACAUUUACGUCUACGAUGGCCAAUACAAGGACAUGCCACUGGAUGCUUUCAAGGUAAAUGAGGCGUUUGAGUUUGUAGGCAUCUUGGACUUGAUGGUACCUGGUACUAACACGAAGAAAGACAUUGCUGGGAGUGUGCAGAAUGUCACGCAACUCGAGGAGCUUCAGAUCUCCGACUGCAUUGAAGAAAUGCAGCACAAAUGCCAAUCGGGUGUCGUGCUGCACUGCUCUCACGUCAAUAGACUGGAAGAUGUGCAUCACGUACGCCCUCAUGAGUCGAGUGAAUAUUACAAGCAGAUUCAGGUGAGUAAUGACACGAGAACAAAGUUUUGCUUGGACGAGUGGACGAAACUAGGGCAAACAGCAGAUGUGGAUACGAUGCGCAACCAGAUCGUUGACUAUUUGACACAGACAGUGUGUGGAGAUAAGCUUGCAGCAGAGUACUUAUUACUGGGUCUAGUAUCACAUGUGUAUUCGCGAGCGGAUCCAUCGACACCGCUUGGUAACUUAUCACUUAAUUUGUCCCUUGCUAAGUCAUGUACGGAAGAACAGAAGCAAGACUUCAUUGCUCGAAUUCUACAGACGUUGAAGUCUUUGAUGCCUAUGGUGGCGCGAGUAGAUCUGUCGCUGGAGGAGUUAAAUUCGACCAAGUUUAUGCCGCACAAGGAUUAUGAGCGAGAGAUCCUACUGGGUGGUGUACUGCAGGUGGCAAACGGGACGACAGUGCUUGUAAAUGAAACCGCGUUGACUGCGGGAAAGCUGAAUGACCAAGGUGUAAAGAAUAUUGCUGCUCUGCAGUCGCUAAUUGACAAGAUGCUUCUGCCGUAUGACUUUCACUACUACAACAUGGAUUUUCCACAGGACGUGGCUGUGGUUACAGUGUCAGAAGGCAAAAGUAUCUUGCCCGUUACUGUAUCCGUACCUGUCGUAUCUCCGGCUGGUACUAAUGCCGUGGUGCAGCCUUGUUUAUUACCUGAGGAACAUGUACUAGAGUGCUUUCGCGUGUUUCUAAGCGUACUGCGGUCGUUUGUGGUCACUAUCGGAAACGAAGAAGCCGAGAUAGCCGAGAAGCACUACGUCGAGUGCCGAAAGUCCCAGCAAAAAGUGGCGCUGGAAGAUCUUCAUCGCUGGUUGCGGCUUGCUCGUCUUGUAGCGCUCAGUCGAGGAGAAGGACAGAUUUCGAAGGGCUCAUGGAAAGCAAUGCUGAUGCUGGAGACUGAACGACUUGCUCGUCUGCCUACUGAAAAUCCUCAACUCUAG